GUUUGUUAUGUGCUGACGAGUGACAGUUCAUGUUACGGCCUUCUGUUUCGAGUGUAAAUUAGUGUUCUUGCGAUCUGUCUUUCUUCUCUGCUGAGUUGUGGCAUCGAUGGUAGCAGAGUCGUAGCUGAUCUGUCACUCUUUUUCUCUGUUGAGCAGUUGGUAUGUCUUCGUUCGUUGGGAGUUUGGCUGUCUGUCGUGUGAUCGCGUCUGUCCUGAUCGCUUUGGCUUGACAUCCUUUUGAAGCUUAGUUGGAGUUGAACGAGGGUGAGUACGAGUGAAGGAACUGGUUCUUCGUAUUUCUGCUUGGCCUUCUGCGUACGGGGGUUUUUGGGCUCUUAGGAAGUUGCCCGGCCAUCUCCUGAUGGCCAGGUUGUUGGGGUUGGAUGCGAUCUCCAAUAGGGUUAGGUAUGGUGAACCGGUACCCUUGUUCUUACCGAACUCGGCGGCCUAUUGGAGGUGCGAGCACCCACCCUUCUCCAGCGCUCUUCCACCUUUGGAGCCUGGGGAAUGGGACGCCAAGGGCGAAAGCAUCCUGCUGGAGCAUAAUAUGUAUUUGUUAUCAAUUCAUUUAGAUAUGCUAAAUCUAAAAACCCCUGUGCGAGUACGUCAUUGCCUUUCUUACGACUAGUUCCACACGAGUGUUGAGGGUGAGAGCAGCGUCCUUAGUUCUAAGCUUCUAGGAGGGACGAAAACUGUGAAUAAAAAGCUGGAGAGACGAAAGAUUAUUUUUCAUGCUUCUAGGAGUAGGAGAGACGAAAACAGUGAUUAAUUGACAGCCUUACUUUCUUCAUUCACGCUCCUAGGAAAGACGCAUCUAACUUUGACAGCCCACUUGUUUUCUUGUUUUGCAAAUGAAUAUUGCCAAAGACGCUAUUCUAAAAUAAAGGCGUAGAUAAAGUUUAAAGACUAAAAUUAAAAAGCACUAAAGCCUCCGCGUGGAGCUGUAGAGAAGCAGUUCCUAACUUCUUUACCCACACUGCGUCCCCCCCGUCAAACUACACCUCGAGAGCAGGUAGGUGAGUGAAUGAUUGGGUGGCUGCAUUAAUAAUUGAUUGCAACGAGCGGCCGAGUGCACGUCAAAUGCCAUACGUUUACGUGAAGAAGGGCAAGCUCUCUAUAUCAAUUCUACACAAUAGAUUGCGCGACUUCUAAUAUAUAGCUGAUUGCAACAUGAAAGACUUCUAAAUUAGAAUUUCUAAUACAUAUGUUGAAAAUAUGUAUAGUCAAUAUCAAAAACAGACUACAUUUAUUCUGAUGGUCUACAGGGACUUUUUUGUGACUGAAGUAGUCAAGAACGAACAGUUUGGGUAUUUUGUUGUUUUGAUUUCUUUUAUUCAAAGCAAAGAAGCACAAGGAAGCACAGAUAAACUGACGUCGCUAAAAAGUAAGUCCUUUAUUGUGGAGCUGGAAGCUGAUGGUAGUUUGUUCUGUUUAAGUAAGAAGAUUGAUUGAUGGUUAUAGAAGUUUGGUUUUCUUUUAUACAGCCCGAAUCUUUCCGGUGAGUAUGAUUUGAUUGACAUAAAUUCAGAUUGGAUUCCGUUCAACGUCGUACAGAUAGAAAUAAGUACACUUAGCUAAGAAUGUUGGAACCUCCUUUGGCAGAAAUGUCGGCAGAGAGUAAUCAAGACCUAGUAGAAGCCAGCGAUCUUCCCAGCACGCAGGUUCGCCUGUGUGUCCGCAAUGGCCUUUCUGGGGAGGAGCUGGCAUUAGAGAAAUCAGUGUGGGAUAUGCGAACGACUACAUUGAAAGACGUUCGCGAGGCGAUAGCUAGCGCGAUCCGAGCUGCGCGACCAAAAAAGUGCUCGAAGGCUAAUGAAAGUGGCGGCCUCGAGGGUUCUAGAGCAGGAGGUGAAAAAUUUCGCUGCUUUUGGGAACAAAUUGCAUUGAUGAGCGUCGACGACGAACGAAUCACUGCAGAGGGUGAGGAGACGUUUCUCAUCGAUCAGCUUGAAGGCAAUAUUGCUAAACGAGACCAGGUUGAAAACUAUAAGGAUGAUGUGGAGCAAGAUCUUCAGGUUGAAAACGACAAGAGCGCUGUGGAAAUGGAACAAAGCGAGCAAAAUCGUGCCCAGCUAGAAGAUCAAGAUGAACGUACUAGAAGAGGACACGAACCGGAGCCAAAUGAUGAAGGUGAGCCUGUAGCUAUACCAGACGAAGACGAAAUAGAAGGUGAAGAACGUCGUGAAGGUCAAGAUGAUGAUGAACGCGGCGAAGAGCGUAAAGGUAAACAUAAUGGGCGCGGAGCUGAAGAAGGCGAAAGAGAUGAAGGCGAAUACGAACAAGCGAAGACGCAGACUCGGUUGCGGGUCGUUGUUAUCGAGUAUUAUUUCCGGGAAAGGUGGAAGGCUUUUGAGUCUCGAGAAGAAUUGGAUGAAGCUUUAGCCGCCUACCUACAAUUUUGGAAGGAUUGCGAUUGUGAUCAGAUAGAUUCUGACUGUAUUGAUCGUUAUCGAGAUCGAUGGGAAAAGCAUAUUGGACCGGGAACAAAAUUGGCAAAGUAUGGCCCCCUUCGCAUCUGGGACUUGUCCAAUAUCG